AUGUUUAAUCUUCGUGUUCUCUGUCGAGAUCAACCACGACGGACAAUUGCAUUGCUUGCUUCCGACCAUAUCUUGAUCUUCCACUACAGCGAAGCUGAGAGUGGGCCUAAAGCCGCCCCCCGCUGUCAGGUCGAAUUCUUGGAUGCUUCAUCCGUGGAUCUUGCCGGUUACCGAUCUCUGGGUGCUGGAUUUGGCACUUUAGGUCUCGUUACGCUAAAUGAGGAUGUUUUCGUUUGCGUGGUUACCGGCUCCUCUCAAGCAGCUACUGUUCGUCCCGCAGAAGCCGUUUCCAGGAUUGACAAUGUAGACUUCUAUUGUCUCAACCGAUCCGAAUAUGAGUAUGGGUUAGACUAUGAAACUAGCUCCCAAUUCGCCGUCGAGGAGCGGCCUGGAGCCGAAGGGAAAGAAGUGGUCACCGAUCAUCCUUUCCUGGCCUUAAAGAAGCUUCUUGGAGAUGGGAGUUUCUACUACAGUCUUGAUUUUAACUUGACAGAUCGCUUGCAGGAUCGGUCGGAGAAAUCGGCCGCGUUCGACAUAGACUCAUUAGACGAGGACAUGUUGUGGAAUUCGUAUAUGAUCCACCCUCUUCUUCUGUUCCGAAGUCACCUGCCGCCUUCUGAUAAGGUGAAGCUCGAUGCAUCUCAAAUGUUGACGUGCGUCAUUCGAGGGUAUGCAGGUACACUGAAAAUUCCAGCAACAGUCCCAAUCUUACCACGAGUACGCACGAAUUUACCGGCUCUGCUGACCAUCAUCUCACGGCAAUCCUCCCGUCGUGCGGGCACCCGGUUCAACUCGCGAGGCAUCGAUGAUGACGGCAAUGUGGCCAACUUUGUAGAGACGGAGGUCGUUCUGUGGGUGUCACCAGGGGUUUGUUUCUCAUAUGUGCAAAUUCGUGGCUCAGUGCCCAUUUUCUGGGAGCAGACACCCGGCCUGAUCCCCGGUCAGCAGAAGAUUGAGAUCACACGCUCUUCUGAAGCAACGCAGCACGCAUUCGACGAACACUUUGAGGGCCUCGAAUUGGAGUAUGGAGCUGUCCACGUUGUCAAUCUACUCAGUGAACUCAAAUCUGGAGAGGCAGAGCUAUCGGCCAAAUUCCGAGAACACAUAGCUCGAAGCUCCGUCAAGCAGAAAGAGGGAUUCUCAAAAUCCUCCCAUCAAAGCCUUUUGCGAAUGACAGAUUAUGACUUUCAUGCUGAAACUCGAGGCCCCGCUGGGUAUGAAGCAAGUCAUCAAAUCAAGUAUGAAUUGGCAGACUCUCUGGAUGGAUUUGCAUAUUUCCUAUCCGAGGACAGUGCCCGCCCGGCCUCCUCGUUAUUAGACAGAGAAGACGCGGCCAGCCCUUCAUCAAUCCUUCUUCAGCAAGAAGGCGUCUUCCGAACUAAUUGUCUGGACUGUCUUGAUCGAACAAACCUUGUUCAAACCAUCAUCAGCUCGAUGGCUCUGGGAACUUUUCUGUCCCAGCAGGGCGCAAGGCUUGGCUCAGAUCUCCAAAUGCGACACUCCACUCUAUGGGCCGAUAAUGGAGAUGCGCUCUCAAAGAUAUAUGCGGGAACUGGUGCGCUCAAGUCCUCAUUCACCCGCCACGGGAAAAUGUCUCUUGCGGGAGCACUGGCAGACGCUCGGAAAAGUGCAACGAGGCUCUACGUCAACAAUUUCACGGACAAAGCGCGACAAAAGACGAUUGACCUUUUGCUAGGUCGACUAGCAAAUCAGAUUCCGGUUCAUCUUUAUGACCCAAUGAAUGAUCUAGUUACCGAGGACCUGAGUCGACGCGCAGCUGAAUACUCGUCUAAUAAGCAGAUUCGGAUGUGGGUUGGUACAUUCAACGUGAAUGGUCGUGAUGAAGGUCCAGGUGCAGAUCUUUCCUUGUGGCUUUUCCCUGAUGGAGAUCAAUCCAAGGAAGAUCCCACCAUCUUCGCGGUCGGGUUCCAGGAAAUUGUUGAUUUAAGCCCUCAGCAGAUCAUGUCAACCGAUCCAAGUAACCGCAAGGGCUGGGAAAGGGCCGUCCAAAACUGUUUGAAUGAGCAUACCAGCGCAAAAGGGACUGGCAAGUAUGUGUUACUGCGGAGUGGGCAGCUUGUAGGUGCUGCGUUGAUGAUCUACGUGAAAGCAGAUGCAUUGAAAGAGAUCAAAAAUGUGGAAGGAGCUGUCAAAAAGACUGGUCUUUCGGGAAUUGCUGGCAACAAAGGAGGCUGUGCGAUCCGUUUUGACUUCUCCAACACAAGCAUCUGCUUUGUCACCGCCCACCUGGCUGCUGGAUUCGGGAAUGAUGAUGAACGAGACCGAGACUAUGAAACCAUUGAUAGUGGCCUACGAUUUCAGAAGAAUCGGACUAUCGCCGAUCAUGACUCCACGAUCUGGCUCGGUGACUUCAACUACCGCAUUGGCCUAGGGAACCACAUCGUACGCGAUCUGAUCUCGCAAGGCGACCUCCAGAAGCUGUAUGACAAUGAUCAGUUGAAUCUGCACAUGGUCGCAGGAAGGGUUUUCCAAUUCUAUUCCGAAGGUCUUAUUACAUUUGCCCCUACCUAUAAAUAUGACGUUGGGACGGACCACUACGAUACUUCUGAUAAAUCCCGCAUUCCUGCCUGGUGUGAUCGAAUCUUGUGGAGAGGGGCCAACUUGCGACAGACCCAGUACCAUACUGCCGAUCUAAGAUGUUCGGAUCAUCGACCAGUCUAUGCCAAAUUUGAUUGCAUGAUUGAUGUCGUCGAUCUUGGGCUCAAAGACAAUCUCCGGCGUAUGCUCUACGAAGAAAAACAGCGCGAUGCACUUUCAGACUCCAUCAAUUUAUUGGAUUUGGACGACGAGGACAUUGUGCUGCAGGGUCCUAUUGCGCCUGGCCUACCGUCUGCAAGCUCUGAUCGAAGCAAGUGGUGGCUUGAUAAUGGUGUGCCUGCGAAAGCGGCGGUUCAACCGCCAAGAGAGGGCCUUGUCCCAAACCCUCAACGCAAAUCCAAUCCCUUUUCUAUGGACGAUGAACCAGACUGGAUACCAAGUCCGAGAGUUACCGAGAAGGGACCAGAGCCUCGUUUUGACAGAAGACCACUGCCACCUCCACGACGGGGAACGUCAGGUGGAUCCAAAAACAGUAUGCAAUCUCUGGGGGCGGACAAAUCUGCCGCUGAAAAAUCACCACCAGCCGUCCCUCGAAAGCCUAUCUCCUUGAGCUCCCAAGCGACAGUUGGCCGGAUUCCUUCCACACCUUCCGGUCAAGUGCGAGGUGCUACCUUGCAGAAUACUUCCGGCUUAAACCAGAGCCGAAAUGGGGUAACAGGAGCAUCCGAAAUAUCCAGUGUUGGGACAGGCGAUCUCCUUGGUGACACCUCAGAAGAGACCAUUGGGUGGAAACCACUCCUCCCUCAACGAUGA